CGCUUUUCCAAUGAGAUUCAUAUCCCGCUUGCUACACUUCGCCGGACUACCCAGUAGCAAUGGCGAUGAGUUUCUUUCCAAAGAAGGUCAUUCUGCUGCUCUUUACGCUGGUCGUCGUAACCUGGAGAAUCCAUCGCUUCCUCAACCGCCGUAAGUUCGCCCGGGCCCGCGGUUGCCUGCCAGUCGCACGAUCGUACACCAGAGAUCCAUUCCUGGGCCUCGAUCGUCUCCCCAGUGCGCUGCGAGCCAUCAGGCAGCAUAGGAUCCUCGAACACGGCUGCUCCCUGUUCUCCACGUAUGGGAGUACCUUCUCGCUCCAGGAAUUGCCACGUAGUGUGAUCCUGACGAUUGAGCCGGAGAAUGUCAAGACUGUCCUGUCGGUCAGGUUCCACGACUAUGGCAUCCACUACCGCCUGGAACCAUUCCGGCCGCUCCUGGGGAAAGGUAUUUUCAGUGCAGACGGUGAAGAUUGGACCGCGUCCCGCGCGCUGAUCAGACCAAGUUUCGCACGAGAUCAAGUCGCAGAUUUGAGGGAGCUGGAGAACUUGAUGGGGGAUCUUCUCGCAUUGCUCCCAAGAGAUGGCAUGACUGUCGUCGACCUACAGGAAUUGUUCUUCAGAUAUACGAUCGAUUCCGCUACGUCCUUUCUGUUUGGACAGUCUGUUGGUAGUUUGAAGAACACCACCCAGGGAGAAGGGAUUGACUUCGCAGAGGCUUUCCAUUAUGCCCAAGGGGCGAUACUCACGCGAGCAACAACAGGCCCCCUCAAUCUUAUCUACCGCGAUCGAAAGGCCGAUGAAUGUAAUCGCAUCUGUCGGAACUUUGCCCAACAGUUCGUCGAUGACGCUGUUCAGGCCGUUCAUCAAUCCAAGCAGGGUAGUACCAAAGACACGGUCAACGAUGCCCAACCAGAUCCAGACGCAAGGCACCAAAAGAAACACAUCUUCUCCCACGAGCUCGCCUCGAGGACAUCUGACAAACAGCGCAUUCUGGACGAGCUUAUGAACGUACUCCUAGCAGGGCGAGACACUACCGCCUGCCUGCUGAGCAACCUCUUCUUCGUUCUCGCCAGGAGUCCGGUGAUAUGGCAGAAGCUGCGGGCCGAAGUUGCUGUCCUCGAAGGUCGGCCACCAACUUACAACGAGCUUCGUGCUCUCAAAUAUGUUCGAUACUGUGUCAAUGAGUCUCUCCGCCUCCACCCGCCCGUGCCCCGGAACGAGCGAAUGGCCAUACGGGAUACUGUCCUGCCCUUGGGUGGAGGUAAAGAUGGUCUCUCUCCUGCGUACGUGCCCAAAGGCACUGUCGUCGGCUGGAAUGUCUACGCGAUGCAUCGUCGUACAUCCAUCUACGGCGCAGAUGCAGAGGAAUUCCGCCCGGAGCGCUGGGAGGAUGGCAAGCUUCUUCGGCCGCACUGGGGGUUUUUACCAUUCAGUGGCGGGCCACGGGUCUGUGUAGGACAGCAGUACGCUUUGACCGAAGCAAGCUACGUCCUCGUCCGAAUGGUGCAGAAAUUGGCGGCCAUACAGACCGCCGAUCCACGGCCCUGGGAGGAAUCGUUGACCCUGACGCUCUGUUCGAGAAAUGGCGUCAAGCUUCGCCUUUUUCCUGCUUGA